CAGGACUAGAACCUUCUUUCAGUCGCCACAUGACAACAUCAGAACUAUUUAGACUCAACAGGACUAGAACCUUCUUUCAGUCGCCACAUCAGGACUACUUAGUCUCAACAGGACUAGAACCUUCUUUCAGUCGCCACAUGACAACAUCAGAACUAUUUAGACUCAACAGGACUAGAACCUUCUUUCUGUCGCCACAUCAGGACUACUUAGUCUCAACAGGACUAGAACCUUCUUUCAGUCGCCACAUGACAACAUCAGAACUAUUUAGACUCAACAGGACUAGAACCUUCUUUCAGUCGCCACAUCAGGACUACUUAAUCUCAACAGGACUAGAACCUUCUUUCAGUCGCCACAUGACAACAUCAGAACUAUUUAGACUCAACAGGACUAGAACCUUCUUUCUGUCGCCACAUCAGGACUACUUAGUCUCAACAGGACUAGAACCUUCUUUCAGUCGCCACAUGACAACAUCAGAACUAUUUAGACUCAACAGGACUAGAACCUUCUUUCAGUCGCCACAUCAGGACUACUUAAUCUCAACAGGACUAGAACCUUCUUUCAGUCGCCACAUGACAACAUCAGAACUAUUUAGACUCAACAGGACUAGAACCUUCUUUCUGUCGCCACAUCAGGACUACUUAGUCUCAACAGGACUAGAACCUUCUUUCAGUCGCCACAUGACAACAUCAGAACUAUUUAGACUCAACAGGACUAGAACCUUCUUUCAGUCGCCACAUCAGGACUACUUAAUCUCAACAGGACUAGAACCUUCUUUCAGUCGCCACAUGACAACAUCAGAACUAUUUAGACUCAACAGGACUAGAACCUUCUUUCAGUCGCCACAUCAGGACUACUUAGUCUCAACAGGACUAGAACCUUCUUUCAGUCGCCACAUCAGGACUACUUAAUCUCAACAGGACUAGAACCUUCUUUCAGUCGCCACAUCAGAACUAUUUAGUCUCAACAGGACUAGAACCUUCUUUCAGUCGCCACAUGACAACAUCAAAACUAUGUGACUUCUAUCAAUUCUUCAUAUUUCCACGCCAUAGCUGUACCUAAUGAUGUGGCCAAUGAGUGGGAUUACAUCAUCAGGUUGCAAAGUGGAAAUAUUGAUCAAUUAUUCCUUUUUGUUCUAUUGAAGACUGUAAUGAAGUUAUAUUCUAGAGUGAAAUGACUUGCACUACACACAAAUGUUUUACUCACAUCAGACGAGUCACAAGUAAAAACUAAAGUAUUUUCUUCACUUAAAAAUACAAUUUUCAAGUAUUUUCAAGUUAAAACCUUUAUUUCACGCUCGAGGGAAAUCGUAAGUUUUCUUUUUCUUUUGUCCGCCAUUUUUGUCCCCGCCCUCCUGCUUUUUUUUUUUUUUUUUUGGGGCGGAGGGCACCAUGCGCAAAUAAGUCGUGCUGAUGGCCUUAAAUUGACUCUGCAGCGCCACCUGUGGUCGUGGAGUGUGACUACACUGAGUGGAAUGUUGCUGGCAGAACUUUAACUUGAAGGAAAUUGUUUUUAUAUAAAUAACUUCUUUUUAAUUAAAAUUAAAUCUUUUUUUUUUCACUUGCAAAUCAUUGGGUAAAAACAUUUGUUUGGAGUUUUGGCAAUAAAUACACUCUAAAAUUUACUAUACAAUUAUUUUUAGAUUAAUAAAAAAAAAAUACAUUCACGGGUUUAUUUUAUAUAAUUUAAUGCAGUCAAAUUUCCAGUUUUUUAAAUGAUGCUGCAGAUAUUUUUUAAAUUCCUAGUAUAUUCCCCAAAAGUUUCCACUAUUGCAACAUUAACUUGGCUGCAGUUUUUCAACACAAUGUCUCAAAUCACAAGGAGUCAGAUGUGCCUUUUUUCUCUUUAAACUUCAUCUCACAUUCCUCUUCUUAGCAUCACAGCUUAUUAAAAAAAAACCUCGUGGGCUCAAAAUGUUUUCGGAAGCGUCGCAGAUUUAUUGUUGCUCAACAUUUGUUUGAAGGUCAACUCUUUGUGAGUUUGCAGUUGUUUGCAUUCCAAACAGCACCUCUGCUGGUGGCAGGCCAGUACUUCACCUCAAACAUGACUGCACUUUUUCCUUCAACAAAAUAGCAAGUUGUUUGUUUUCCACUCUGAAGAAGUUUACUGCAGCACACUUGAAAUAAAGAUGAAAAACUACAAAAACA